AUGUGGAAGCCAUUGGAAGUCGAAGCGUCUAUUCCCAGGGAUUGCAACAUCGACAUCCACGGGGGACAGAAAACCGGGUUCUUCUUCUGCGAGAGAUACCCUGUUUUGGUAAACCCGAGUCUCGAAGUUGUCUGGGACGCGUGCCCACAUGAGAGGAUACUUCACCGAUUGGAAUAUGCCUCCUUGAUCCCCUGGUGGGAGAAAGCCCCAAGGAUGGCAACGGCGUCACUCAUGGUGCUUGGAUACAGGCCUGGCUAUUUGCCCAGCGGAUAA